AUGCAAACACUCCCUGUUGGUAUCGGGUUCAUCACAUUCACACCAGUGGGAUUCGAAGACAAUGCUGUUGCAAUCCUGGAGAAGCACCGAGUUGCCGCGGUCUGGCUAGCAUUCCCCAAAUCUGGCGCAGACCACAAGAGUCUUAUAGAGGCAAUUCGCAAGGCACAGACGAAGAGUGAUUGGGAUGUUAAGAUCUUUGUUCAAGUGGGUACUGUACAUGCAGCCAGACAGGCCUUGGAGCAGGGUGCAGAUGUUCUCGUUGUUCAGGGUGUGGAUGCCGGAGGGCACCAGUGGGCUCAAGGAGCUAGUCUGAUCUCGCUUUUGCCCGAGGUGCGAAAUGCUGUGGCGGAGAGUGCAAGAGCAAAACAAACUGCGAUUCUGGCCGCUGGUGGUAUUGCAGACGGCCGAGGAUGUGUGGCUGCUCUCGGAUUAGGUGGGUGGCAUACCCCCAGAACCAUGACGGUGACGAACUGA